CGUCAUAACCAUGACGCGGACAUCCCGACUAUAAUUCUAUCUUGUCAAGGUGCGAAUUGCAAAGUCUGGACCGCUUGUGAUUAUUGCCGUUUGAAAUUGCCGUUAGCGAGCAGUGAGAAGGCGAAAGAAAGCUAUAAAGUGGUCGAGUUGGGACAGUUGGUUGUUGGUUGCUAAGGUGGUGCAGGAUCUCUCCUCCGCGCUUUCUUUCCUCCCGCCUCCCGCCUCCCUUUCCAUCUUCCCCAUCUUCCUCGAGCACCGUGACUUGAACGAUGCAAAAAGAUUCAAUGGCUUCUGAGAAAGGCAUCACCCACCACCAGGAAGACGUCUUCACUCAAGAUGCCUCCAAAGCCGCUGGUCAAGGCCUCGCAGCCACUGAUCAGUAUGGACGAGCGUUGAUCGAAUUCGAUCCAGCAGCAGAACGCCGCCUGCGCCGCAAGAUUGACCUGUUCAUCCUCCCCACUGUUUCGCUCAUCUACCUCUUCUGUUUCAUCGAUCGAGCCAAUAUUGGAAAUGCCAAACUGGCCGGUCUCGAGAAAGACCUAGGCUUCACAGGCUACGACUACAACAUCGUCCUCUCAGUCUUCUACAUCUCCUACAUCCUCUUCGAAAUCCCCUCCAAUAUCGCUUGCAAGUUGAUCGGCCCGGGCUGGUUCCUCCCCGCGGUGACCGUCGCCUUUGGCAUCUGUUCGCUGGGCACGGCGUUCGUCCAGAACAAGCAAAGCGCCGCCGGGGUGCGCUUCCUUCUUGGGAUCUUCGAAGCAGGCAUGCUGCCUGGCAUCGCCUACUACCUCUCGCGCUGGUACCGUCGCAAGGAGCUGGCCUUCUACUUAUCGCUGUACAUCGUGAUGGCGCCGCUGGCGGGGGCGUUCGGCGGGCUGCUGGCCUCGGCGAUCCUCAAGAUCGACCACUUCGGCAGCCUGCACACGUGGCGCAUGAUCUUCGCCAUCGAAGGGAUCAUCACGAUCGGGCUGGGGCUUCUCGCAUUCGUGACGCUGACGGACCGGCCCGAGACGGCGCGGUGGCUCACGCAGGAGCAAAAAGACCUCGCCAUCGCGCGGAUCAAGUCCGAGCGCGUCGCGACGACCGAGGUGCUCGACAAGAUGGACAAGGCAAAGAUGAUGCGGGGGAUCUUCAGCCCGGCGACCCUUACCACGGCGUUCAUCUUCCUGCUCAACAAUGUCACGGUCCAGGGCCUGGCCUUCUUCGCGCCGACGAUCGUGCGCACCAUCUACCCGACCAGUAGCGUUGUCUCGCAGCAGCUGCACACGGUGCCGCCCUACAUCGUGGGCGCCUUCUUCACGGUGCUCUUCCCCUUCCUGAGCUGGCGCUUCGACCGGCGCCUGCCCUUCUUCGUCCUCGCCCCGCCGCUCACCAUCACGGGCUACAUCAUGUUCCUGGCCAGCACCAACCCGCAGGUCCGCUACGGCGCGACCUUCCUCAUCGCCGCGGGGGCCUUCAGCUUCGGCGCCCUCUGCAACGCCCACGUCUCGAACAACGUUGUCUCCGACACCGCCCGCUCCGCCGCCAUCGGCACCAACGUCAUGUUCGGCAACGUCGGCGGCCUCGUCUCCACCUGGUCCUUCCUCCCCUCCGACGCCCCGGACUACCACAUCGGCAACGGCCUCAACCUGGCCACCGCCUCCAUGACCCUGAUCCUGGGCGCGCUGAUGUGGAUGUGGAUGCGCUGGGACAACCGCCGCCGCGAGAAGAUCGAUAUCGAUCGCGCCUUGGCCGACCUCUCGCAGGAGCAGAUCCAGGAUCUGGACUGGCGCAACCCCGCCUUCAAGUGGAAGAUGUAAAUGGUUUCCCUGGAAGUGUUGUUUGGAGCUGGAGAGACUGGCUGGGCGGGUCACGGGUGUUCUGGAGCGCAAGCGUUUGUGAAGUUUCUGUAUGUAUGUU